AUCACUACUAAUUCAAACUAGUAGUAGUUUUUCCCUUGGUUAGGACGGUACUAACUAUUGUACAAUUAGCACCGUAGCCGUUCCAAGCGCCCGCUGUUUUGCUUUAAGUUAAAACGCUUUCAUGGUUGGGUUUUGCUUAAAAAGCGGAACAAGCACAAACAAACAAACGCUUAAUAAAUGUCAACCGACGAUAAAUCUCCCCAAAACAUCAACAGCCGAAAUAUCACCACUACUUUCAAUUCUUGUAUUUAAUUAAAUUGGUUCUACUAAAAUAAACCAUUCAUACAAUAAAACAAAUAAAUAAUUGUUAUACCAUCUGUGAUUGUCCGAUAAUGUACUGUGACUUAUCUUAUUAAAAAAAUUUAAUUAAAUAUGUCCAUAAAUAUGCCAAUUACUUCAAUGUUUUGUUUUUAUUUGAAAAAUUUAGUAUAGUCAUUGGACUUCAUAUCUUUUUAAUAAAGUCCUUUACAAUCAAAUUACGUCAAUUAAGCUCUUCAAUAAGAAAACUAAAUUCUUGGAUAUCAUUGAGAAUUUAAUUUUUUAGGUGAUCAGGGUUCAAAACUCCCAUGCAGCUAAAUACAAUUUUUUGGCAUUUUCAUUUUUUGUUUUGCAAAGACUCAAUUUAAUUAGUGAAAUUUCAUAUAAUUCUUUCUUAGUACUUUAUUUUCAGAUUAUAUCAGUUAAGUCCUUAAAUAUGUAAAUUUAGUUCAAUCUUUUUAGUUUUUCUAUGAAAAAAUAUCAAUUUAUUAAUGUGACUUUAUAUCUUUUUUUUAACUCCUUUAGGUUCAAAUUGCGUCAAUUAAGUUCUUAAUUACGUAAUGUAAGUUCUUGGAUAAAACUGAUAAUUUUUUUGCCGAACACUGCUAAUUAAACGAGCAUUCAUUUUCUGAUUAUAAAGAUAUUGAAGAACAUGGUAGUAUGGUACUCAUUAAAAUGCAUUAUUGCCUUUUUUACAUAAUUAAUUUACUCAUUGAACUUGUAAAAUUAGAAACUUCAGUUUGAAUUCUAUUUUGAGUAAUUCUAAUUAUCUAAUAUAAUGUUUUAUGUGUUUAUAAUAAUAAUAAUAUUAAAUUAAAGUUUCUUUCUUAAAUGAUUUUCCUUUUUUAUUAUUCUUUUUCUAUUAUUUUCUAUAAUACACUGUAAAAUUUUGAACCCCUUGAUUCCUAAAUCUAAACUCCGACAUUGAAUAAAAUAAUGCUUCAACAUGCUCAAUCAUAGAGUUUGAAAAAGGUCCAAAGAUAUUGAUCUCCAAAGUCGACUUCGAAUCAUGCUAAAAUACUAGACAUACAACAAGAUUAGCAUAGGAUGUAGAGAACCAGAAUGGGAGGGAAAAGAAGACAAUCAUACACACGAUAUAUGGGGUUUCCAUACUAGAUUUGAGUACGAAUACUAAAUGAACAUUUUAGGGCUCUUACUCCUUCUCUUAUUGAUUGAUCAAGAGAACAUUAGCUUGGGUUUACAAACUUUACCCAUUAGCUAGCAUAUUAGACAUCUAUGCGUAAAAGGAAAGCAAAAUGAGCCUUUAAAGGAGCUCUACAAGGACUAUUAAGUCAAUAAUGAGAAGGAUUGACAAGAGACACGCUGAUUAAUGACAAUUUAUACUUCCCAUCAAGCGAAGUCAUGGAUAUCGAGCAUACGAGUAUGGAAAGAUGAUGGGAAAAUUGGUAAAGACCAAGAUCUUUGGUGAGAUCCCUAGAUUACUUGUUAGUGGCUAUCUUACAAGGAGCAAUGUGAGAGGUUUGAACUCGUUCACAAACGAAGUAGCAAUCCAUUUUAACAUGCUGAGUGCGUCCAUGGAAAGUGGAUUAGUAAAGAUGCAUGUGAGGAGAAGCUUGACUAUCGUAAUGCAGGGGAUUGGCAUUGAUUUAUGGACAAGAAAGUUUGACAUGAAACCAACAAAACCAGAUAAGUUCACUGACUAUUGUGGCGAUGGCAUAAUACUCUCCUUUGGAGGACGACCGAGCGACAAGAGAUUGUUUCUUCGUACGUCAUGAGACAUGAGAAUUGGCAAAAAGAAUAAAAUAACGAGUUAGGGGUGGAACUACGAGCUGUGGAACACCCACUCCAAUCAACAUGAGCUUGAGGUUGAACCUAGCUAGGUGACUUCUUCAAGUAACGGAUUACACAUGUGGCUGCAUCCACAUGAGAUUGAGUCUGACUGUGGACACUUAGCUUGAGUAGAUUGAUAGUGUACUGAAUGUUUGGGAAAGUAACUGUGAGGUAUAACAGAUGUCCUCUUAACGAUGAUAACCAGAUAGAUUGUGCAAUGGAGGAGAUGGUAAAUGCCCCAACUCAUGAUUCUGCUCAAUGGGUGUAGCAAUAGGAAAACCACCGUCGAUCCAACAAUCAGAUAGUAGUUGAGAACAUACUUAUAUUGGUUCAAGAUGAUGCCAUCCUUGGAUCAGGCCACCUAGAUGCCGAAAAAAGUAUUUUAGGGGGCUGCUAUCCUUUAUUGUAAACUAUUGGUCAAGAAAAUCCUUAACACGCUGAAUGAAGGAUGUAUGAUACUUGCAAGGAUUAUAACAUCAACAAAACUUGUGGAGGUCUUGCGAACGAAGAGAGAAUAAUUUGAAUGGCUUCAGACAAAACCAAGAGUCAGGAGAGCAUUGUUAACCUUGAUCGAUAAGAUCUCAAUGCAUGAAGGCAUUGUUAACGUUGAGCUAAUGAAUGAUCAAACCCAGGUUAUCAAUUUGUGGGUUGACUGGCCAGUUGACUCGUAUUGACCCUGACCCAUGAGAAAAACAGGCCACACACACCCAUGGAUAUCUUGGCCCACUGCAAAAUUUAGUGGGUUGGAAGUAACACGACGUCGUUUUCCCUUUGGUUUACAAAAUACACAUCUUUUUUUUCUAUUUUCCGCCUAUCCUAACCCUAUCUUUGUAAUUCUAAGUUAAACAUUUAAUAUUGAUGUUAAAUAAGUGUGUGUGAAUUUUCACUAUAUGUUCAAUCCAAGUAUGACUUGUUAUUUUGUUGUAAUGUUAUAUGUUAUUACUCAUAUAUUAGAUGAGAUUUGAUAUAAUUUAUAUUUGUAUAAAUAAUAUUAUGACAUUUUCAUAUAUAUGGGCUAAACCGGCAGAAAAUGGUCGGACCAUUAACCCUCAACCCAAUUGCUUUGAAUGAGCCAACAUGCUUAACCGAGUUGACAACCUUGAUAAAACCCUUACGGAUAGCCACAACUAUAAAAUAGUGAAAUAUAACGAGUUUGACGAAAGGAGCAAAGGUAUCAUGAUAAUUAAUACCUUCAACUUGGGUAUAGCCUUUAGCAGCAAGGCACGCUUCAUAUUAUUCAAUGGAACUAUCGAGGUUAUACUUGAUUAUAAACCAUUCAUAGCAGAUGGUAUGCUUCCCAUGUGGAAAGACAGUGAGAGUCCAUGCGUCGUUAGCAAUUAGAGGUUCAAAUUCUGCUCGCAUUGCAACACGCCACUCCUUGUAUUUCAUCGCUUGAUAAAAAUAACGUGGUUCGAUAGUGUGAUGGACACCUUCUAGGAAGGCUCGAUGGAAGGAAGAGAGACAUCCAUACCCAACAAAAUUCUCUAAUGGGUAAUGCAAGCGAAACAUGUGAGCAUGCCCCGGGACAUCAGUGUCGUAUCCAUCCAGUCGCAUAGAUGGUCCAGAAAUACGAUCACUGCAUCGAAACACGCUACUGGGAACACUGAGGGACUUGACAAUGGUGGUAGCUCAACUAUCAAAGAGGAAGAGAGCCAGUUGUGGUUGGUGAAUUGUCCGAGCCCGAUGAUGAAGGAGAUUGAACAUCAAUGACUUCCAUGCCGAUAAUCAUUGGAUGGGGUUAGGAUGAGGAUAGUUCAUUAGGCUUGACUACUGGAGAGGGAGAACUCGGUGAUGGGAAGGUAUCUGAAUCAUCAAUCGCUGACGGGACAAUACUUUGAUGGUGUGCUUCAUCGUUGGGCUCUUGUAUGAUGCGAAAGUAGACUGACCAAUGCUAUCGAUACCCUUAUGAAAAGGAAAGAUAUGUUCUAGGAAAAACACAUCCUGGGAUGUGUAAACUUGAUGGCUCUUCAGGUGAUAAACCCUGUAGCGAUGAUGAGAAGAGGGAUAGCCAACAAACACACAUGCUCUUCCUUAUGGAAUGCAUUUGGUGAGGCAAGAAUGCAUAUCUUUGGCAUACAUAAGCAACCAAAGCUUCCAAAAUGCUCAUACAUAGGAUUUUUAUCUAGCGACUCGGUUAUGGUUGAAAACUUUGCUAAUAAAGUAAAGCAAGGUAAAAGUAAAUGGUUUUGAAAGCUCUUUUGUGAGAAGGAUCACUCGGGUGUCGCUUCCCCCCUAACUACUACCAUGGUAUGUGAAUCGAAACGAUUGCUAUGGCCAAGGUGAGCGUAAACCGCUAGGGACGCAAUUAUGGUCGUAGACCACACUCUCGAUUGUAAAACCGAGGGAUACAUUAUAGGCUGUCACUCGGCCCUCUCGAUUUAGGCAAUCGAUGGUUGACUUACUCUCUCACUCAACCCAAUGGUUGUUCGGCUUAAUCGCAAUUAACCAAAUUUCUUAAUCCAACAUCGAGGUUUUCCCUAAAUUAACCUAGAUAGGUGACUUAAAAAGCCCUAAGAAUACCAACUCAAUUGAGCCUCCCUUGAAAGGGGGUUUUCCCUCUCUAGUCUAGGUUAAAUUGGCCAAUUAGAUUGCUAAGCACAAACAUGCACAAUCAACAUGAAUAAUACCUCAAUCAUUGAAUUAAACAACACCUAUAAACACUCAUUCAAUUCACAUAACAAAAACUACAUGGUAGAUAGGUAGGGUUUCACAACACCCAAGUGAAAAAGAAUUAUACUCCAUGCUAGAAUUGGGAGAAACACAAGGGGAAGAGGUAGAAACCAUCAUGGAGAGGCUUCCAAUCUUAUUUGCACUUGUGCUGAACUUCUCUUGGGGUGAAUCUUCUCAAAUCCACUCUUGGAGCAAAACCCUAGCCUCCUUCUCCUUUGGUUCGUCUUUCUCUCUCUAAAAUUUGAAAAUAAGACUUUCUCACUCUUUUGGGCUCUCCCCUCUCUCUUCCUUUCAGCUCUUCUUUUAAACAGGGAUUGUGGUAAGUUCACGGCCGUGAACUCUAAAACGCGUCUGUGAACUCAAGAUGGGCGUUGAAACGCACCGCUUUGCUUGCACGGGUUCAUGGGCAACAGCUCCAGUUCACGGUCUUAGUGACCAUGAACUCAAUUAGCGUCAGUAACUUGAGAUUUGGCCUUGGACGCCUUGAUGUUCACGGGCAAAAGCUUCUCUUCACAGUCUAAGCAGACCGUGAACAUCCAAGGAAAGCCAUGAAUUGCCUUCUUUUCACCUCUUCUCCCGGUUUUCGCUCCUUUUCGUCCAACUUUCGACUCCGGGGUUGGUUUCACUUAUUGGAUCCUGUAACAUGCUAAAACACAAGAAACUUCGCGUAAAACC